AUGCCUAUUAAAAAUGAAUCACAAAUUAUUGAGUAUAACACACUUGUUAAUGACGCAUUUAUUGGUUUUUUGAAGUUAGUGCAACAGAACAAGUCGGAAACGACCAGUAGAUUGAAAAAGACCAAGUUUGAAGUGCAUGUAUUAGAAUCAAUUUUUAGAUUAAUCCGAUAUCCGUCAAAGAGUUUGCGGAGGUACAUUUGUUUAAUUACACCAUUGCGUUAUGCGUCAGUCACAACGUGGUUCCAAAACAGAAGAAAUGGUGUUACAUGUGGUCAACCAGAUUUAGAGGCGAAAUUGAAAUCUUCUUUCAUACGAAGAUCAUCAAUUAGUUGGUCUUGCUACAGCAAUUUCAGUUUAGCCGAUUCAUUCUACGCCAAUCAUGACUUAGGUGAGUUCAUUAAGAAUGACACAUUCAUCAAGAGUAAGGAUGCGUGGUUUUUUAAACAUGCCACAUCAUGUAAAUGUGUAGCAGCAGAGGAGUUUGCAUCAUUGGAAAAUCUGGAUUAUUUCGAUACGUGUGCAUCUGACAUGUUAAACAUGUUCUUACAGAAAGGAAUUGAAAUCAAGGCCUUGAUAAACAAGUUUUAUUUCGAAUCAAAGACGUGUAGGUAUACAAACAACUUGCUCUUCGAUACCGAUUAUCUGAUGUGCUCGGUAUACAGUGGCCUAUCAAAGAAGCACAAGAUGUUAUUUCUGAAAUUGAGACGCAGAGAUACAGAAAAAUAA